AUGCGCCGAGCCCCGGCGUUCUUCAGGGACGUGCGCUUCGUGGUCGACAGGUUCCACUUCUCGAAGGCCGGACAGGAGGUGCACAAGUGCGGGCCCUCGAAUUCCGCUGACGCCUAUAUUGCGUUGCACUGGGUCAACACGUCGGCAGUGGAGUCGGUCAACUCCUUUCUGAAGGGCUUCCGGUCUCUCGGUUGGUACUCGGGGUUGGAGAGCCUGAUGGUGAUCCUACCCUUGCUGCUUGGUGGUUUCAACACGACGCUGAAGAGGGUGGACGACGCAAAGCGUGGCAUUGCCAUUGCGGCGGUGGUGUGGUCGGCCGCAAUUGCGAGGGCGCUGUUGCAAGAGUAG